AUGGUUCCACGAUUUUCAUCUCGUAAAGUUGUUCUUCAAGUAAUGGAGGGCUCACUCCCAGUUAGAGAAUACCUCAUCGACAUGGGAGCAGACAUGGAUGACAAAUCAAGCGGAAGAACACCAACAGAUGAUCAAUUCUUCCUCUUAUAUUUCAUCAUGGGCACCUAUUUUGGCCCUGAUCUCAAGGGAGAAUCACACAAAUCUGUUUUCCAAAGACGUGCAGAGGGUCUUCCACCAUAUCCUCCACAAAAACUAGCAGGUUCUUGCAUGAAAACAGUUGAAGUAGAAAGAAUCUACUACUAUGUACUCAGAAAAGCCGAUCAAUCUGUCACAUUAAAACUACCAUUGCUGCAAGAAUUCUUUCACGGGAGGAAUCAUCUCUCAACCUCCUCCAGAACCCCAUCUCCACCUUUCCCACAGUUUGAUGAUCUUUUUCCCCCCGAAUUACAUCCACAUUCAAUCAUCAAAGGUCAGUAUGAAGCCAUUAACAACAUUGUAUUCAUUAGUGACCCCAAAAUCCUUUACAUUGGGCAAGAGUAUCUUGAAAGGUUCAAAAGGUUGACUAGACUAGAAGAUGUCUGUUUGGAUAGAGAUGAUGCUAGGCGUCAUACAACCGUUGAUGGGAAAGUUUUAUACAACAUAGAUGUACAAGAAAUCGAAUAUCAUCAAGACUUAAAGAAACCAUCAUCUUCUAGUGGUCAAGAAGAUGAAAAAAUUCCUUCAAGUCCUCUACUGAAGCAAAAAGGUUCUUUCAAUGGUGUAGCUACAAACAAUGGCACAACACCAACACCAUCUAUAUUUGGUUCUGAUGAUUACGUGUCACCUGGAAUGAAAACAAAUUCCUUGGCUGAUCUUGGAUCAGACAUGAUCUUUUUUUCAUCUUAUCCCACUAGGGAAGAAUGGCAUAGAAUCUUGAAUUUUACCAAAAGUGGAUUUGCUUUGAGUGGAAGUGCUACAAUGGGUCGAAUUGGGCCAAGUAUUGGAAGCAUUGACAUUGGGGAAUGUGAAGACUCCUACCUUUUUCGUGUCUCUCUUCCUGGGGUCAAAAGGGAUGAAAGAGAAUUCAGUUGUGAGGUUGAAGAUGAUGGGAAAGUAUUGGUAAGAGGGGUAACAGUAACUGGUGAAAAAAGUGUGUGUAGAUUUGAUCAAAUAUUUGAAAUGCAGACACACAAACUUUGUCCUCCAGGUCACUUUUCAGUUUCAUUUAAGCUUCCAGGUCCUGUUGAUCCUCAACAAUUUUCUGGGAAUUUUGGAACUGAUGGAAUUCUUGAAGGAAUAGUCAUGAAAGCUCGUAGAAAGAUGAAAAGAUGAUUAAGAAUCAAGAAUUAAGAUCUUUCAUUUUGAUGCAUUUACAUACAGGUAUGUUGUUUAUGUAUUGCAUCUUGCUUUGAUGAUGAUGAUGGGGUUAGGUUUUGGUUUUGGUUUUUGCUUUUUUUAAAGGUUGUAUGGGUGUUUAUGAGUAGAUAAUUUGGGAUAAUAUAAACUUGGGAUAUAUAAAAUUAUAUUUUCUGAAUAUAGAAUUAUCUGUGUCUUGAUUUAUUAUUGAAAAAUACACAUUUGUUAAUGAUGAGUCUUGGAACCAUGACAUUGAUUUUGAUUUGGG